CCCCUGGGAUUGAGAAACAGCCGGGGUUCGGCUGACUUCCCGCUCACAAGGCUCAAGGCCCGAGACCAGAGGCCAUGGGGCCCGGCACGCUGCUCCUGCUCCUGACCUGCAAGGCCCUGGCGGCCCAGACUGCGGACACCUGCCCCGAAGUGAAGGUGCUGGGGCUGGAGGCCGACAAGCUCGCCAUCCUGCGGGGCUGCCCGGGGCUGCCCGGGGCCGCGGGGCCCAAGGGAGAGGCAGGCGCGGACGGCAGGAGAGGAGAACCAGGCCCAUCCGGAGUCCCUGGGAAGGCGGGACCCCCUGGGCCCAAAGGAGACCCAGGGGAGAAGGGUGCACGUGGAGAGAAAGGAGAGCCAUGUGAACCUGAGCGAUGUGACACAGGACCUCGGAGCUGCAUGGAGAUGCGCACCAGGGGGCACGUGCUGAGCGGCUGGCACACCAUCUACCUGCCCGACUGCCGGCCGCUGACCGUGCUGUGCGACAUGGACACGGACGGCGGGGGCUGGACCGUGUUCCAGCGCAGGGUGGACGGCUCCGUGGACUUCUACCGGGACUGGGCCGCCUACAAGCAGGGCUUCGGCAGCCAGCUGGGCGAGUUCUGGCUGGGCAACGACCACAUCCACGCCCUGACCGCCCAGGGCACCAGCGAGCUCCGUGUGGACCUGGUGGACUUCCAGGGCACCCGCCACUCUGCCAAGUACCAGGCGUUCAGGCUGGGGAGCGAGGCCGAGAAGUACAAGCUGGUCCUGGGCGCCUUCGCCGGGGGCAGCGCCGGCGACUCCCUGACGUCCCACAACAACGCCUCCUUCUCCACCGAGGACCGGGACCACGACCAGAACGCCGGGAACUGCGCCCAGAGGUUCGGGGGCGGCUGGUGGUACCGCAACUGCCACGUGUCCAACCUGAACGGGCGCUACCUCGGGGGCCCCCACGAGAGCCACGCCGACGGCAUCAACUGGAAGUCGGGGCGAGGCCACAAGUACAGCUACAAGGUGGCCGAGAUGAAGCUGCGGCCCGCCUAGCCCCCCGGAGCCUCACCGUCCCCUGGGAGGCGCUCCCGCCCCUGCGCCCUGCCCCCACCCCACAGCCGCCCCCCCCCUCGCCCCACAGCCCCCCCCCCCCCCAGCCCGGAGGAGGAAUUACAG